CCGGCCUCCAACGGCAGCUCGGGAGGCCCCGAACUGCCAGAACCCCUCUGCCGGUUCCUCUCGCGGCCCGAGGCCUCAUCGCCGCAGAGGUGCCGAGUGCCCGCUCCUCGGGGGGACACCGUGGGGGGACCCCGCAGGAAGGAGCGGGGACCUGGUCUCUCCUCCUCGCAGGGCGGCCGAAUGGCCCGGCACUGGAUGCCGGGGACUAGCUGCCGAAUAGAGUGACGCUCAGAUGUGAAAGCCGGGCACAGCUACCCUGGGAGCAGUGCGGUGAUGCUGCAGCAGCCUCCUGCUGCUUCGCUGAGGGACAGGGACUCCAUCAGCGGCUGGUAGAAAGCCCUACCCGAGGACUCCUGGAGGGCAGUGCGGGCAGGUGGACUCGGAUGCCUGAGCAGUGAACGUCCCAGGCUGGGGAGGAGGUGACGCAGAGGCACUCGGCAGUAGGUGUGAGGUGAUCUAGCCCAGCUCCUGCAGUGGCCUGGCUCUCUGGUGUCUGAGGAUGAGUUUGACCCCCACCAAGGGAUGCCUCCUGGACCUGCCCUGGGAAGACGUCUUGCUUCCACAUAUUCUCUGUCAUCUGCCAUUGCAGCAGCUCCUGAGCCUGCAGAGGGUCAGCAAGUCAUUCCAGUCUCUCAUCCAGCUGUACCUGGCCAACAUGCGCUGCUUUGACUCAAACCAGAUCAGAGCUGCCAUCCCUCGAGCUGCUUUUGUUAACCUGUUGAAGGACAACAAAGUACUGCAGCAGCUGGCACUCCAGAACUGCUCUGGCUGGCUGACGGACUGCGAGCUGCUCCCAGUCAUUGAGCAGAACCACCACCUCCACCAGAUCCAGCUGAAGGGCUGCGUCCAGCUCAGCCGCCAUGCGCUGGUGACCAUCUCACUGAGCUGCCCCAACCUGCGCCAGCUGUCCCUGGCUCAGUGCGACUGGGUGGACAGCCUGGCCCUGCGCAGCCUGGCUGACCACUGCAAGGCCCUGGAGGCUGUGGACCUGACAGCCUGCCGCCAGCUGAAGGACGAGGCCAUCUGUUACCUGGUGCAGAAGUGCAGCAGGCUCAAGUCUCUGUCGCUGGCUGUCAAUGCCAAUGUGGGUGACGUGGCAGUCGAGGAGACUGCCAAGUGCUGCCCCGAGCUGGAGCACUUGGACCUCACAGGGUGUCUGCGAGUCAAGAAUGACUCCAUCAGAGUCCUGGCUGAGUACUGUCCCAAGCUGCGCUCGCUGAAGGUCAAGCAUUGCCACAACGUGGCUGAGUCCAGCUUGAGCAUCCUCCGAAGCCGUGGGGUGGAGCUGGAUGUGGAGCCUCCACUGCGGAGGGCUCUUAUUCUCCUGGAGGACGUGGUUGGCUUCGCCCCUUUCAUCAACCUUCAGAUCUAGAACUGCUGCUGCUGGGGAGGGGGGGACUGAUGCAACGCUGGGAACCUGGAAGGAUGCUGGAACUGGCUGCUGUGGAGACGUGCAGAGGGAGAGGUCGGUCCCAUUGGUGAGGCUGGCCUGAGUGGGGCUCACUCUUUCCUCCUCCCUGGCGUGGAGAGAGCGCUUGACUUGCAGGAACACCAUGGUGCUGAACAGGCCUUGGCCAGGCCAGCUAAUAGAUAGGAUUUACUAUUUGUUGUAUUUUAAAUCUCUAAGCGGCAGCUGUCCAGAGAGCAGGGGAGUGCGUGAUGGGGACUGUCCCCUGGGGUGGGUGUACAGGGCAUGCCAGCAGAGCUGUGGAACAAACCAGGCCAGCUGGAGCAGGAAAGAGAACAGCUACCAGCCUUCCUCUUGGGAGAGGGCAGGCCCCUCUGGGCUCUGGGAGGAGGGCAGUAAGCCUAGCUCCAGCCUGUGGCCACUGGCCAGCCUAGCACCAAAGGACUGGCAUGGCCCCAGUGCAGGCAGUGUGUCUGUCCAGGCCUAGGGUGCUGGUUUAGGCUGGGGCAAGGUGGGAGAUGCUCCUAACUGCAGUUUCACUGACAGAAAAGCACCAAACCUAGCUGUGCUGUCACUGAAAGCAGUUGGUCAUUGCCAUUUGUUUCUUCCAGCUUCUGACUUAACAUUUUAGUAGUGCCCAGGCCUGCUACUGUAUCUUGCUCCGUGUGGCAUGGCUGGAAAUUUGGCACUCAGUAGUGGUAAGAAAUGGCAGAAGCACUGGCUCUACUGUAAGCUGAAGUUUGUGGAGAGCUGCAGGUUAUGUUGGCAGGGAGAGUCUAGCUCUAGAGUUCAGCCUCAGCCCUUGUUAUCCGCUAGGC